AUGAAACAAAGAGUUGCCAAAUCAGCAACUUCUCUGAAAGAUGCUAUAGCAGAGAUAGAAAACUUCAGGACAGAUAUAAACAAGAGAUUAGAUGAACUAGAAAAGGAGGUUAAAGAUACUGCAACAACAAUUCAUCAUGACAACAACAAAAUGUUGAAAAAAACAGAAACAGCAUGUGAUAACAUCAACAGAUCACUCCAAGCAUCAGCUGAUACUCUAAAACAUCUCAACACCAACAAGAAAACUGACCAACUGUUUACUGAAUUGAAAUCAGCUCAGCAACAGAUAUUACACAAUGAAAAUAUAGCAAAACAACUACCAACAACCAAUGAUGUUGAUGAAUACAAUUUUGAACCAAAUCAUGCUAUCAAAAAACUCCUUCAGAAUGAGAAAUCGUUAGGAGCGUUAAGAAAAAAGGAAAUAAAGCAACCAGCUCAACCAAAGAAUAAGGCUGCAGUACCAAUGAAAAUGACUACCUCUAGAAACAUCAAUGUUAAAACAUCCUCAGAUACAAAGGAGUGCCAUAUAACUGGUAUAACUAUCUCUCCUCAAAACCAAUUAUUUGUAGCAGAUUAUGAUAAUAAAUCAAUUAAAAUGAUAGACAUAAACAGUGAAGAAAUCAAACAACUACAGAUUGAAUCAAAACCCAGGGAUGUCACAAUAGUGACCAGAGAUACACUUGCUGUUACAUUACCAGGCACAAUACAGUUCAUUUCCUUCUCCUCAAACUCUCUCUCAUUGAAAAACAAACUGAAAGUAGAUGGAUACUGCUAUGGAAUAAGCCAUCAUCAGGGGAAAUUUGCAGUUACAUUUAUAUUGCCUGUCAAACUCCAAAUCAUGGACUUAAAAGGUAAUAGUAAAAUUACAGUUGAGAAAGAUUCCAAUGGUGACAGUAUUUUCAGUGACCCUGGGUAUGUCAUCACAAACAGUCAUUCAAUCUAUGUAUCUGACGAAAUUAAAAAUAAAGUUAAAUGGUUUAAUUGGCAGGGAGAAAUGAUAGGAAGGACUGUAGAUAUUUAUGGUCCAAUGGGUAUUUCACUUUUAGAUGAUGGGUCCUUCUUUGUGAGCGAUGCCUGGGAUAAUUGUAUAUAUAGAGUUAGUGGUGAUUGUAAAGACAGGACAACUAUACUGAAAGACGUGAAGGAUCUCCCUCAAGCUAUAUGUUGGUGUGCUGAGACAAGUACAUUUUAUUUAAGUACAUACAGAAGUAAAUCUAAAGUGAGGUACAAUGAUAUAAAAGUGUAUAAAAUGGUGUAG